CAGAUUUGGUGGCGAACAGUUACAGGGAAAAGGAAGACAUUUGUGCUACUUGCUAUUUUUGCCAAAUCAGUCGAGCGUGUAAUGUGCACCAGUAAGGUUGUUCUAUAACUUCAACUCUGUGGCUUUAGUUCCAUAGACAAAAUGAAUAAAUUUCAUGUAAGUGUGGUUUCUGUACGAAGAUUCUUCGGUAUUCAUGUCGCACUUUUUGUUGCUGUGGCAUUAUUAGUCACAUUAAUACAUGCUACACCCACCGAAUCAUUGAGCAGGACAAAGAAAGCAAAACGAAGUAUAUUGCAGGCACUGUUUGGUUCUACUAGCACUACCACAGAGCCUCCUACUACAACCCCUGACCGGGAAGUGGUAAUGGAAUCAUUGGAAAACGGUGAACCAGUUUAUCUCAUGAAGCAAACCCCAGAUCCGGACAAUCCACCUGCAUUUGUACCGAUGAUGCCCUUACGAUACUUUGCGUCGCCCUCUGGAUUACAUUUUAUUGCAGUUGAGCCAAUCAAUUUCAACCAAGAAAACGAGUAUGUUCAGCAAGAAGGAGCCGAGCAGCAAUGGCAACCCAACUAUCUACCAGUGCCUGUUAAAAACUUACCCAAAGGGGUGCACAAAAAACUACCCUCGCAAUUGCAGGGGCUGAGCAGCUCUGAAAUCCGUGAAUUGAGUUCAUUGGCGCGGAAAAUCGGUAUAAGAAAUUUAGAUGAUUUACCACCACUUGAAGAAGUUAUGUCAUUGCUAGGCACAUCAACAAAAAGUGAGACUAUCCAGGCAAUUCGAGAUUAUGCUUCAACCCCAACCGGGCUGGAAUUAAUUAAAGACUACAUACUAAGCUACCAGCCUGUUAAACGGAUGGACACGGUUGGCCCCAACGGUGAAGUGGUAAAUGAGAAAAUUCCUAUUGAGAUGCUUGACAACUACGCUGCAGCCGGAGAGAUGAUGUAUGUCAACUAUCCUGUUCCAAUAAUAGGAUAUACUAUUCCUAACGCAUUGAAUCACAACCAUAUACAGGAAGAAACACCAACUGCAGAGGAAGCAGCAAGCCCGGGAUUUUUCUCGCGAAUUCGUUCAUUCUUCUCCUUUGGAUCAAAUUCUGAAGUACCCGAGACAGAAGCAAAUACAAACGCGUUGGCUAAUAAUCAGUCUGAAUUGAAUCUAGUUCCCCAUAUAGUAAUUCCGCUGCGGCAUUGGUCUCCUGCUGAUGAAUCAAGCGGAUAUUCACUGGAAGAUUUGCAGCGCUAUCCAAUGACCCCCUUGGUUCAAGACACCAGCCCGUAUCUGCUGAAGCCUGAACAUGAUCAAAACGUUAAGAACAAUGCACCACCCUCUGAUGAUGCUAUGGAUCCGGUGCUUAAUGAAGCACACAUUUACCACGAUGACAUUGAUGUGCUGGACAUCAAAGAUAAUGCUCCAAUAGCAAUUCAACAACCUGUACGAGCCUCUCUGCCCGAAGAGCAAACUGGUCAGAUUCAUAAAAUGGAUAUUGACAAAGCCGAUUUGCCUCCUAUCAUUAAAACUACAGACUCGGUGCAGCCAAAAAACAUCACUCUGGAUCCUACGACAGAAAAAAAUACAGUGGACGUCACUGAGCAAAAUAAUGCUGCUUCGUCGACGACCACAGAAGCAUCAGAAGACCCAUAAAAAUGAAAUCAGAGAUUAAUAUUUUGACUGAGUUCUGUACAGCAAGCAAUGAUGAAAUGUGUUUGUGUUCAACCUUUGAGGUAGAAUCAUUUAUUUCAGACUCACUUCUAUGGCCCCUUCUCAGCCAACAACUUGCAUUUGUUCAAAAUCACUAGCGGUAGUAAUUUAUUAAACCUUAAUUAGUAGCUGUUGAAUACAUUUUAUGAAUAAAAA